AUGAAAUAUUUUAUUAUUAUAUCAUGUUGUUUUGUAGUUUGCGUUCUUAUUAUUAUUAUUCCAAUUAUUGAGGGAAUUUUAAAAGCUAUGAGUCUUCAAAGUAGAAAGAAACAAAGGCACAAAUGCUUACAAUGUAAUUUAAUGGGAUAUGAAUAUUUGGAAAAAAUAAACAAAGAAGAUAUAGAAAAUGUAGAUUGUUGUUAUACAUGUUAUCCUACAGUACCUUCCUGUAGACAUGAAAAAAUGUCACCAAAUGAAUUUUUAGAAAAUUAUGUUCAAAAGAAAAGUAAUAAAAUAGAGAAAAUAAAAGAAGAGGAUCCUGCUACUUUAAAUAAUAUUGAAGAAGAAUCAUUAUUUUAG